AUGACGACCAAAUCUAAAGAUGUCGAGCUAUCCGACGACAUCCAAUGGAUCGAAACUCCCGCUCAAGCUCCUCCCAAGUUUGAAACCGGCGAGAGCUGUGGAAUCGCCCUGACCAAUGCCAAGAGCAUUAACAAUCCUCCCCUGCCAGCAGAUGGUCCUGGAAACGAGAGCUUCUCCAACCUCCUGUUGGGCGGCGCCAUCAUCGGAGUCCCUGGCUUUCUGACCUACCUGCUCGGUGGUGGAAAGAAAACCUUCAUCUUCUUCACUCUCGUAACCGUUCUCCCUGUCCUCGUGGCCUUCUGGACCUACACCUCCACCUUCAGCCCCCGCACCAACGAGAAAGUCAAGCUCCCCGGUCGCCCCGUUGAGCACUACAUUACCUUCAAGCGCGACGAAGACCGUGCGAAAUGGAGCGGACGCAACAAGAUCCCCAUGCAGACCUUUUCGGAAAUGUACCUGGACGGCCUGGUUGACUUCAAUGGCGAUGUUCUCGAGAUCCUGGAAUACCGCCACGACUGGGCCAGCUUCGCCUUCACUAUGGACCUGUUCAAGUUCAUCGUCGGCACCUUCUUUGUCGAUGUGCUCUUCCACACCAAGGCCCAGGACGAGGAACAAAUCCGUCCUAACUACGAUCGGGGUAACGACCACUACGCCUGGUUCCUUGGCCCUCGCAUGAUCUACACCUCCGGAAUCAUCUCCGACCCCGAUCGUGAAGAAACCCUCGAGGAACUGCAGGAUAACAAGAUGGCCGUUGUUUGCGAGAAGAUCGGCCUCAAGGAAGGCGAGACCAUGCUGGACAUUGGCUGCGGCUGGGGUACCCUGGCCAAGUUCGCCAGUCUUAACUACGGCGCAAAGGUGACCGGUCUCACCAUUGCUGAGAACCAGACUGCCUGGGGUAACGAUGCUCUCCGUAAGGCCGGCAUCUCCGAGGAACAGAGCCGCAUUGUCUGCAUGGAUUACCGUGACAUCCCCCGCACGAAGUACGACAAGAUCACUCAGCUGGAAAUGGGCGAGCACGUCGGUAUUCGCAAGCUUACUGGAUUCUUCCGCCAAUGCUAUGACAUGCUUGACGAUGAUGGAUGCAUGUAUGUGCAGCUUUCGGGUUUGAGACAGGCUUGGCAGUAUGAGGAUUUCAUCUGGGGUCUGUAUCUGAACAAGUACAUCUUCCGUGGUGCCGACGCUUCUACUCCCCUCUGGUACUACGUGAAGUGUCUUGAAGGAGCUGGCUUCGAAGUCAAGGGUAUCGACACCGUCGGCGUCCACUACUCGGGCACCCUCUGGAGAUGGUACCGCAACUGGGUCGGCAACAUCGAGGCCAUCAAGGCCAAGUACGGUCCCAGAUGGUACAGAAUCUGGGAACUCUUCCUCGCCUGGUCCGUCAUCGCCUCCCGCCAAGGCUCCGCAACCUGCUACCAAAUGGUGGUGGUCAAGAACCUGAACUCGACGCACCGUAUCAGCGGAUUGGCCAGCCAGUUCGGUCUUAUGGGCGCCCUCGCUAAGAGCCGGGAGGCGGGCAAGUCCCGUCUGCCUUAG